AUGCAGCGCACUAUUCCUGUUCUCCACCAUAUUUUGUCCAAGGCUGCAGUAGCAGCUAGACCAACAGUACUGUGGUGCUAUAAAAAAGAAUUAGGCUAUAGCUCUAACAAAAAGAAACGAAUACGACAGAUCCAUACGAAGUCGUCAGUUAGCACCAUCACGGAUUUUGAAGCCUUAACACCAAAUUUACUUGCUCGAACUGUUGAGACUAUCGAAGGUGGAGGUAUUAUUGUACUAUUAAUGAAAACUGUCAAUUCGCUACGACAGCUUUACACGAUAGCAAUGGAUGUACAUAAUCGUUAUCGAACGGAGUCUCACACACAGAUUGUGGCUCGGUUUAACGAACGCUUUAUACUUUCGCUUGCCAGCUGCAAGAAUAUCGUUGUAGUUGAUGACCAACUGCAUAUAUUGCCUAUUUCUGGUCACGGUGCUCUAUCCUCUUCUGAAGCCGAGCUGAAGGCUUUGAAAGAGGGAAUGAAAGACACAAAACCUAUUGGACCGCUGCUCAACAAGUGUCGAACUGCGUGUCAGGGUAAAGUGCUACUCAGGUUGCUUGACGUAAUUACCGAUAAAGUUAUGAAUGUGACCUGUUCAAUUACCGCUGCUAGAGGACGAGGAAAGUCCGCUUCUUUAGGUCUUGCCCUAGCCGGUGCAGUUGCAUUUGGGUACUCAAAUAUCUUUGUUACAUCGCCCUCACCUGAAAAUUUGAAGACUCUGUUUGAAUUUGUCGUUAAAGGCUUUGACACGAUGGGAUAUCAGGAACACAUUGAUUACGAGCUGAUACAAUCCACCAAUCCAGAGUUCCAAAAAGCGCUUGUUCGUGUUAAUGUUUUCAGAGAACAUCGCCAAACAAUACAGUAUAUUCAUCCAUCCGAUGCUGGGAAGUUGGGCCAAGCCGAGCUAGUUGUGGUGGAUGAGGCUGCUGCUAUACCACUUCCCUUAGUGAAGGAGCUGAUUUUUGGGCCAUACAUUGUGUUUUUGUCUUCAACAAUCAAUGGUUAUGAAGGGACAGGCCGGAGUUUGUCGUUAAAACUGCUCCAGCAGCUUCGUCAGCAAUCUGCUGGAAGCGCUAAAGGAGAAAAGUUAGCUGCAAGCAAAGGUAUCCUAAGACAUAUAUCACUUUGUCUUUUUUACCUUACCUCGAAAUCUGUGCCAAUUUUAGGUAGGAAAUUACAUGAGUUGACCAUGGAAGAAAGCAUAAGAUAUAAACCAGGCGAUGAGAUCGAGCAAUGGCUCAAUCGUGUACUAUGUUUGAAUGCCGCGAACAUCAAUACGAAGCUGUCAUGUGGGACCCCUCCUCCAAAUGAAUGCGAAUUGUACUUUGUGAACCGAGAUACGCUCUUCUCAUUUCACAAAGCAUCGGAGCAAUUUCUUCAGCAAAUUAUGGCGAUUUAUGUAUUAGCGCUGGCACAAGUUUGUUUGGAAGGUAAUCUUUCCGAGAAAACUGUGACAGAUGCUUUAGGCACUGGAAAACGUGCAGCUGGUGACUUACUUCCUUGGACAAUCUCGCAGCAGUUUAUGGACCACGAAUUUCCAACUUUAUGUGGCGGUAGAGUUGUUCGAAUAGCUGUCCACCCAGAUUUCCAGUCUAUGGGGUAUUACUUGGGUCAUGUACCUUCCAUUGAGGAAAAUGUCAAAGAAACUGUCAAGACAGUGAAGGAUGGAAGCACCGUAGCUUUGCUAGAAGAGCAGAUUGCUCCUCGUACUGAUCUCCCGCCAUUGUUAAUGCGGUUGAGUGAAAGAAAAGCUGAACGACUUGACUAUUUGGGAGUGUCGUUUGGUUUGACACUCGAUUUAUUGAAGUUUUGGAAGAAGAGUGGUUUUGUCCCUGUGUAUCUCCGUCAAACUCCUAGCCCUCUUACGGGAGAGUACACAUGUGCUAUGUUGAAAAAGCUUGAUGGUGAGUUUUGCUCUAUAACAACAUUAGAUGAAGCCGACUCGUCUCCAUCUUGGUUAGCUGCUUACUUCCGCGAGUUUCGCAAGCGGCUCCUCUCCCUUUUGUCUUUUGAAUUCAAGAAGUUGCCGAUUAAUCUUGGCCUUUCCUUGUUGCAAACUCGCAACAAGGAAGUUCUAGCAGCUUUGCAAAGUGAUCGGAAAGUUAUCACUCGUGAGCAGCUUUCAAUGUUCUUAACCAACGUUGAUCUUAAGCGUUUGUCGGAAUUUGCGCGCAAUCUGGUUGACCACCAGAUGAUAACAGAUCUGCUGCCAACUAUCUCACGGCUCUAUUUUGGAGAUAAUCUAAGGGAGAAUGUGAGUCGUUAG